ACUUUUCGCGGGUGUCUUUGUAAUCGAAUUUUUAUCUUUGUAGGAGCUAGUACUAGUAGUUUUCUCGUUCCUAGUUUACUCUUACCUUUGUUCUAACUAAACACUCAGUGUUUAAAACAGGUAUUUUAAUAUACUUCAAAAUGCUCUCAGUUGUAUCUCCACAAAAGUUGAAUGCUCGUACAAAAGCAAAACCAGAACAUUUUAAUGAAGAUAGUGAAGUUAAAAAUACAUUAAAUAAGGAGAACAAGGAUCCAUCUUCAGAUUUUGUACACAAACAAAGAACAAACAAGGAAAAAGAAGGUUUUCAAAGAUCUUAUCAGAAUAAUACAAAAGUAGUUGCUGGGGAUGUUGAUGCUGAGCCCUUGCUGCGAGAAAACCCUAGAAGGUUUGUAAUGUUUCCCAUUGAAUACCCAGACAUCUGGCAGAUGUACAAGAGGGCAGAGGCUUCAUUUUGGACAGCAGAAGAAGUUGACUUAUCCAAGGAUGUAUAUGACUGGGAACAGUUAAAAGAUGAAGAAAGACACUUUAUUUCUCAUGUCUUGGCUUUCUUUGCUGCUAGUGAUGGGAUAGUUAAUGAAAACCUUGUCGAGCGAUUUAGCCAGGAAGUGCAGGUAACCGAAGCUAGGUGUUUUUAUGGUUUCCAAAUUGCCAUUGAAAAUGUUCACUCAGAAAUGUAUAGUUUGUUAAUUGACACCUACAUCAAGGAUCCAAAUGAAAGAAUGAGACUUUUCAAUGCAAUUGAGACCUUGCCAUGUGUAAAGAAGAAAGCAGACUGGGCUCUCACUUGGAUUAGCCAUCCUACAGCAACAUUUGGUGAGCGAGUUGUGGCUUUUGCUGCUGUAGAAGGAAUAUUUUUCUCUGGGUCUUUUGCUUCAAUUUUCUGGCUAAAAAAGCGUGGCCUGAUGCCUGGUCUCACUUUUAGUAAUGAGCUGAUCAGCAGAGAUGAGGGUCUACACUGUGAUUUUGCCUGCUUGCUGUUUAGUCAUCUUGUCAAUAAACCAUCCAAGGAGAGAGUAGUGGAGAUUAUUAAAGAAGCUGUGAAAAUUGAACAAGAAUUUUUAACUGAUGCUUUACCAGUGGCUUUGAUUGGUAUGAAUUGUCAAUUGAUGAAACAAUACAUAGAAUUUGUUGCUGAUCGUCUACUACUAGAGCUUGGCUGUGAUAAGGUUUACAAUGGAGAAAAUCCAUUUGAUUUUAUGGAACAUAUUUCUUUGGAAGGCAAGACCAACUUCUUUGAAAAGAAAGUGGGUGAAUAUCAGAAGUGUGGAGUCAUGGCUAAACGGGAAGAGCAUAAGUUUACUCUUGACGCUGAUUUUUAAAUAUGAGUCAUUACUCAUUGAUGAAUUUCUUGUGAUAAUUGAAUAUUUGAGAAAGUAGGUUUAUUUUUUCUCAAAUUUUAACUUUUUAAUGUUAUGUUUUAUGUAGCAUAUUUUACACUAGUUUUAAGAAAGUAUACUGUUCAUGGCAAAGAAGGGUUAAUUUUCUUGACAUAAAUGUAUAAAAGAAAUAAAAUUUGUCUUCAAAGACGAUCUGAAACUUUCCUGUCAGUGUGAGAA